AUGCCACAAGCCGGUAUUCCGUCGGAGCAGGAAGUCCUUGGCUGGUUCGACAGCCUGUCCAACUGGGGUCGAUGGGGCGAUGACGACGAGCUGGGAACGCCCAAUCUGAUCACUUCCGAGAAGACCCGCCAGGCCUUGGCAACCGUUCAGGAAGGUCUUUGCGUCUCUCUGUCUCGGGACGUAACCUGGGACCCGGCCCCGGAUGUUCCGGCACCCCCGGUGCACUACAUGAUCGAAAGCGGCGAGGGCUGGGCCACUGGCGACAAGGUUUCCAACCGCCCCUCCGCCGUGGCCAUGGACUAUAUCGGCAUGAUCUUCCACGGAGUAUCCGUGACCCACGUCGAUAGCCUGGCCCACUUCUUCUGGAACGGCAAGACCUACAAUGGCAAGCCGGCCCACAUGGUGUCCACCAGCCUUGGCGCCACCGUGUGCUCCGUGGAACAGGCCAAAAACGGCUUCAUCACCCGCGGUGUUCUGGUGGACGUGCCGCUCGUCCGCGGCAUCGACUGGGUGGAGCGCGGCGAAGGCGUCAUGCCCGACGAUAUCCUGGCUGCCGAGGAACGUUGCGGGUUCCGCAUCGAACCUGGCGAUGUGCUCCUGGUGCGUACCGGGCAGUUGCGCCGCCGGGCAGUUGAAGGACCGGUCCCGCGCGAGGCCGGCUCCACCGCGUGCCAGGCCGCCUGCCUCCCCCUGUUCCGGGAACGUGACAUCGCCGUCCUCGGUUCCGACACCGGCAACGAUGUGAGUCCGCCGCAGUAUCCCGGCCAGCUCACCAACCCGGUGCACCAGGUAUCCAUCACCGCCAUGGGCCUGUGGAUCCUGGACAACGCGAACCUGGAGGAGGUCGCUGAGGCGUGCCAGGAACGCAACCGCUGGACCUUUAUGGUCAGCAUCAACCCUCUCCGUCUCCAGAACACCACCGGAUCUCCGGUUAACCCGGUGGCGGUGUUCUAG